GAACGAUCGAUAUGCCUAUCUAUCUUUGAACUAUGUAGUCGUACAGGCCAUACGUGUUUAUAGAUGUUUCAAUGGUUGACAGCUGUCAAUUGCACAUAGGUUGGUAGUGAGUCACGACAUUGGCAGUGGAACUAGGUGAAGACUACUCACCUCGACAGACAAACUUAAUCAAGCACUCGCUUUUUGGCCUCCAAAUAUCGUGCUGGUCCAACAUAGGUAUCGCACAUCAUCACCUACUCUUUUGUUCAAAUGUCCAGGUAUUUUUUCGAUAUAACCGGCAUGGCGUCCAGCUCCGUCAGCCAGGAGGAUUUUGACAAUGACUUCGAGUUAACAUCCAGGAGGUCUAGGAUCAGAACCGCAAGGGCACGUGUCGUUCCACCCAGGGCAGGAGACUCAUCUUCCAUAAACUUUCAAAAGGGUGCACAGAACGUAGAAGAAUCUCAAGGUGUGUGCGACACGAGUUCCAACAGCGUGCUUCCACCUGAACAUGAGAAUCAACAGAAUAAACCAAUAAUGAGGAAACAGGACAAACGAGUGACUGGCCGGCCAACGCACAUAAACAAGGGAAAGCAGCAACGCGAUCGACGGAAGCUUCGAGAGAAGAGACGAAGUACCGGAGUAGUACAUUUGCCAUCAACGGAGAGUACAGGAGGUAGUACAGGAGAAGAUGAAGAAGAUCUUAGUGGCACUUGUCUUGAAACUAAACACAACACACACCACAAUGAGUUCCUAGAUCAUGAACUCAUAGAAGAACGGACAGCAAAAAUGUUUACUCAAAGGCGAAACAAAAGGCAUUACCGUACUUCCUACAGGUCAUGUAUAAAUAGGCACAGUUGCCACUCCGAUUUGGAAGCAGAUGACGAGGAAUUCGAUUCCUUGAAUCAGUCUGACAGUGUCAAUCAAUCAGAUCAUGGAAAUCACGAGCCACAAGCUUCCGUAAACACCGUCAAUCAACCAAGACUGUCUACGCCAACAGGAGAUAAUCCACACGAACUGAUAGAACGAGCGCAAGAAGAAAAUAGAAGGUUGUUGUCCCUCCUGGAGGAUCGGGAUCACAAGAUAAUGGCCCUUGAAGCUCGGCUGCUUCAACAGCAGCACGAAAUGACCAUAGAAAGGGAACGGCUUCGUGAGGAGAAUGCCGCGUUAAUUCGUGCUAUGGCAGCCCUGGCGAGUAAUUAACUCUCCUAUUCGCGAAACAGUCCGAUCUAUCAAUUCUAUAGCUGAUUCCCAAGAACUUGCGGAUCACCAAUUAAGAAAAGCUAUAUAUAUAUAUGUAUAUAUGUAUAUAUAUAUACAUAUACAUAUACAUAUAUGCCGAUAGCUUGUAAGUAAUUGUGAAUUUACUUGUUAAUAAUAGCUGAGAAGAUUAAGAAGCGAUUUUAAAAAGAGAAACGAUUAUCUGUUACUGAUUUACGCUGUUAAAGAAUCAGGGCAAGUUACGCAGUAUAAACAUAAAAUCGCAGUAUAAGCUAUAAUCAUUCUUGCAACAAGCAAUAGAUCGUCGAGUACGAACAAGUAAUUACAUUUAUCCGCUUCACUGGUAGUGCUUCGUUUACGGGAAUUUUUCUUUCGUAGCGGAAACAGACAAGCCAUUAUUUUGCGCGUUCGCAUAGAAUCGAUAUCUAAUCUUGAACGAUAAGUUCGAGCAAAUAUGUUUUUUCACGAUGUAACAACCCAACGGAAUAAAAGGUGCUCCGAUCUGUUAUGUCAUUGAUUUUAAAGCAGAGAAUGUGCAAAGUAAAUAUUGGAAAGUUUAUGUCUAAAAAUACCUAAGAUUCUUAGAGUAUCGUUUCUGCGUAGUAUUUAUUGUAACUUGAAUUAUACGUUGCCUGUUUUAUACUCGAAUGGAUCUAUUGGUAACGUAGUUAACUCCACGUAAGACUUUUUACCUAUGAAAAAUGUUUGCUUCGUCGCGCAAUUAUAUUGGCGUAACGGUAGUACAAGGGCGUAAUACAAACCUCUAUAAAAUUAGGCGCGAUCUGUGCAGAACGUGUAAAUAAAACAGCACAAAGCUGGCAAUUCCUUAUCGAUUACCUAUGCAUUUAAUUCGAAGAAACGAUAGGUUUUUCGCAUUUCCAGCCACCGAUAGAACAAAACAGGACGAAACAUAACGCGAACAGGGGUAUGAGAAAACGAAGAAGCAGCAAACAAUUUCAGCAUGACCCCUAAAAUUGCUAUUGCUAUUGCUAUUAUUACUAGCUAUACCGUUACAACCUAAUAUUUACAUACCUACAGCGAAACGUAACUAUAUAAUAAUAUUUAGAAAGCAGGAGACUGAGAAUGCGAGUACAUUGUGCAUGUGUGCGAACAGAAUCGAGAGAAAGUAAUAAGAUCGAAUUUGUAUUUACGCACUUCAUCGUGUGCACAAUCAUAUUUUUCUCUGUCAAGACGCCGUACCGAAUAACAAGGAAAAAAAAACAACACGAAGAGAACGUGUUUGCUUAUUAAGUUUAUCGUGCACAUUUUUCAAUUUGUUUCGGUAGUCGAUUGGAAUAUUAUUUCGAUUCCUUCUUGAAAAUGCAUGUAGAGAAGAAUACUCGGUCUAAGAAGAUUAACCGAUUCCAUCGCGAGAAUUUGGAAACUUUAUUAUAUUCGAAAUUCGAUAUUUUCUGUCUAAAUAAACAUUUUCUUAAUAA